UUCUUUAAUUCCGGUCCGGGAUAAGCUAUACUCCAAGUUUAAGAAACGAAUCAGAUGCUGGCAGCGGUUGAUUCCCCCUCCUUCUUAAAAGUGUGGGAUUUCUUUCCCAUUUCUUAUUUCGGUGCCUUGUCUUCUCUGUCCUUUUCUUGAUUGCGCAGUCAAGAAGGUUCAGAAUGGAGGUCAUAGCUGCCGUGGCCGCAGGAGCUAUCGCGUCCGCCUGUCAGAAUGCCGUUCUUAGUAGCUGGCUCGUGAGCAUUUGUCCUCAAAGGGACUACGCCAAAGAACUCGGGGAGAGGCUUUCUCGGAAUGCGCACAUUUAUACGCCGGGGUCAGAUAAUUUUGCGGCCGCGACAACUCGUUGGUCUGCAGCACACGCCCCGGAAGCCAAGCUCGUCGUGAUUCCUAGCAUCGAGAAUGACGUUGCUGAGACGGUCAAAUAUGCAAACGAGUUAGGUAUGCCCUAUCUUGCUGUCAACGGGGGCCACGGUGCAAUAAAGACGGUCGGGAAGAUGAAAAACGGAAUUCAGAUUUGGAUGCAUCAAUUAAAUGGAGUCGAGCUUUCGGAAGACGAGACUCAGGCAAAGAUUGGUGGCGGCGCGAAAACAAAGGCCGUCACCGAUGCGCUUUGGGCUGCUGGAAAACAGACAGUAACUGGAUUAUGCGAGUGCACUAGCAUUCUAGGACCCGGCUUAGGAGGCGGACAUGGAGUUCUCCAGGGACGAUAUGGACUUGUUUCUGACCAGUUCGUGUCGAUGAAUAUUGUGUUGGCUGAUGGAAGUCUGCGAACUAUCGACGAAAGUUCUGAUCUUUGGUGGGCCAUGAAAGGAGCUGGUCACAAUUUCGGCAUUGUGACUUCUGUCACUUCGAAGAUCUACGACAUCAUACAUCGUGACUGGGCGUACGAGAGCUUCAUCUUCACCGGUGACAAGGUAGAAGCCCUGUAUGAAAACAUCAACAGCCACCUCCCGAAUGGCGGCUCUCUCCCAGUUGAUAUCAUGCACUAUUCGUUCUUCUUCAACAACCCGGAAGUCGAUCCGAACAAUCCCUUGAUCAUGUUCUUCAUUAUCCAGGAAGGAAACAUGAUAGUUGACCCAACCUAUACGAAGCCUUUCCAUGAUCUGAACCCUAUAGCUGUCGAUGGUGAGGGAGGAGUCUUCACUGACUUGGCAACCUGGAUGGGCAACGCCAAUACUUCCCCACCAUGCAAAAAGGCCGGGUUGGUCAACUACCGGUUCCCAAUUGAUGUCGAAUCAUACAAUAUCCCGGCCCAGCGUCAAGUAUACGACCUCUUCGCAUCUGCCACGAAGGAGACCCCGGCAUUAAACGGAUCCUUCUUCCUCUUCGAGGGCUACUCUACGCAAGGCGUAAAAGCCAUCCCUAGCGAGUCCACCGCAUAUCCUUUCAGAGGCGAUAACCUGCUCAUCUCCCCGGUGAUCAACUACGCAGCUGGUGCCGAUGCGGAAAUCGACGCGAAAGCUGUUGAAUUAGGCGAGAAUCUCCGUCGUAUUCUCCACGAAGGUUCGGGUCGGGAGGAGAUGCACACGUAUGUUAACUAUGCUUACGGAGAGGAAACGAAGCAGAAUAUGUAUGGCUAUGAGCAGUGGCGUCAGGAUAAACUGCUAGAGUUGAAGAACAAGUACGAUCCGGAAAGGAAGUUCAGCUUCUAUGCGCCCAUUGUGUAGGUAGACGAGAGCUGCAUGUAGGGUUCAGGGGCUGAAAGAUAGGGUCUGCUGACUAAUGUGAGGUGUUCUGGCACUUUGCUGUCCGAGUGCAUAAUCGUAGGUAUGGUGCCAUCGUGAUUUCAGAUACCAUUUGUAAGCCGGCGUUAAAACAUCCAAUUGGCAUC